AAAACGACAAAGAAAGCAUGAAACCACACAGAAAUGCCUCUUUCAAUAUUCUGUAGACGGCUCUGCAAACUUGGAAAGAGAGCCAGCCACGGGAAUUCUUUAUUCUUAUAUGGGGAACGCACAAGAGAAGGUUCCAUGGAACAUUCUAUCCCCAAAAGGGCAAAGGGUAGGGUUACAAAGGAACAGGUGAGUGUGGCUCACCCCCACGGGUGUCAUACUCCUGGAGCCUCGCCUUGCUAUGGACCUGGGACAACGCCCAAGUCAUAAAAUGUGGUGGUUGGUCAGAGCCUCCUGCUUCAGGACUGGAAGGCGUGGUCAUUCAGAGUGGUUCCCUGCCACAUCUUUCCAGCGACAAGGCUAACUUGAGCAAGCCCAGUGACGUGAAUCAUCAAGCUUUUAAAACCAACUUGAGCCAUCAACACAAACCUUCACUCAAGUGUGACUUCACUAGACCCUGAUGCUCCUAAAGCUGAAUUUUGAGGAUCUUCAAAUCCGACCAUCCCCAGACAAUGUGGACAAACCUGGGCAGACAUUCCACUGUAUGAUGACAGGACACAAGUGUGGACGUAGGACUUGCCAAAGGCUGUCCAGCACACUCCUGCCAGGCUUCUAACUGGAUGGGAAGCUGGGUCCUUGCGACUGCCCAGGGCUCCUCCGGGCACAGAAGGCCCCUCUCCUCUUCUAGUUAGGAGGUCUUUCCAGAGUCAGUGGAUACCUGACCCCCAGUGUAUCCCUUAUCCCCUCCAGGAAGGGAAGUGGAUGAAUUGGGCAGGUGCCCUGCCGGUGGCCUUAGGAAUCCAAGAGAGAAGCAGAUGGCCCACUGGCUACAGGGGACAGCAUCUGAAGGGACUUCACACCUCCCAGUAGCCCCGCCCCUGGUGGCCUCGAGACAAGGGUUCCCUGAAAGGAGAAGCGUGUGCAGAGCCUCUCUGGACAGCAUGGAGGCCUAGCUGAGGAAGAGCCUGCUGAGGCUGGAGGGAGGGAACCCGGAAUCAGAGCCCGUGGUAUGAAGGGCAGUGAGUGCCUGGCAGUGGAGGGUGGGGGCUGCUGCUCAGGUCAGUGGGUUUUGGGGGAAAAAAGUCCCAGGGCCUGAACUGAACCCUGCCUGUCUCUAUCUACCUCUACCUCUCCUCCUCGGCUGGGCGCAGCUGUCGCCUCUACACAGGAGAGAGCCCGGCGGGAACCGCAGAGUCCAGGUGUUGCCCUAGCAACGAGGCGGGAUGGGGGAGGGCGGCUAAAUUCUGUCUCCAUAGAGAUUGCUGGCUGAAUACCAAUGUUGGAACACCCGACACGGACAACCAAGGACCAGAGGGAACCCACGAGUACAGGUUGGCAAUGCUGCUCCGAUUCUGCCUCCCCAGACUUCGUGACCUUAGGAGGCAUUCUAUCCAUGGACCUGGGGCCUAGAUUUUUCUGGUUUGGGGAAAGGAAGAAACUGGACUGUGGGGGCGAACACUGCCCUCCUGAGCCCCUGUGCCCCAGGUCCUAACUCAUGGCGCCCAAGAAGAAGCGCGUGAUGAACUUAGGGCGCCGACUGGGUGAAGGUGCAGAGCCACAGCCGUCGGAACGCGCGCAAUACCUACAGCGCGAGUACACGUUGCUCUCCGAGCAGCUGGACGCCUGCGAGGGGCGCGUGGACCAGGUGCUACAGGAAAACAUCUUCCUGGACCGCGAGGCAGGGCGCUUGCGCGAGGAGAAUCGGUUUUACGCCAGUUUUGUAAACACACGCGCGCAGCGCUGUGCCAACGCUGUCCUGCGGCUAGACGAGCAGAACCGCGUGGAUCUGGGGCAGAUCCAUUGGGAGCGGUCAGAACUAGCGUCUCUGUACCAGGGGCGCGAGGAUGGGGUGCGUGCGCAGCUGCUGGAGAUGCAGGCGCGUGCAGCGCAGAUGGCGCAGCAGGUGCAGGAGCUGCAGCCUUACAAGGAGCUGCAGUUGGAGCAGCUGGCAAGGAUCCGGACGCUGGAGCGCGAGCUGCUGCACAUGCGCGUGGAGCACACGCAGCUGCUCCACCGCGUGAAGCGGCGCUUUCUGGAGGAAAAGGCAGCCUGCGAGCGUGAGGCUCGCCAGCGCGUGCAGUCUCUGGCCAGGCGCGCGGAGCGGGAGGCGACGCGCGCGCUCAUCACACAUACGCAGGCCAUCAAAGCAGACAAUGGGCGCCUGAGGCAGGAGCUGUUGCGGCUUCUCGGCAGGGCCCAGCUGCUGCACAAUAUGCGGCACCAGCUGCUUCAGCAGCGUGAGCAGCUGCGUCGUGAGCACGAGGAUACGCGGGACCUGGCGCGCGUGCACGGCUGGCUGCGCAGGGGCCCCGACGGCCCGCCGCUCUGGCAGCCCCCGGUCUCUUCCCAAACCACCUCGCGCCCAGAAUCAAAUGCCGUCACCGCGAGGGGCCGGUCGCGCGGAGCCUCCCGGGCCUCUGAGGUCCGAUCGCGCGCUGCCUCCCCAGCCACAUCGGCGGACUCGUCACGCGUAGCCUCCCAGCCCCCGUCCAGGUCCUGUGCGCUUUCUCGCGUAUCAUCGUUGGUCCCUUCGCUGGCCACUUCGAAGGCAGGGUUAGAGGCCUUUUCCCUAACAGUGACGCGCCAGGACUCCCGGGUUCCGUCCUUGACCCCGUCGCGCCCGGGCUCCCGGGUCUCGUCCUUGAUCCCGUCGCGUCCCAGUUCCCGGGUCGCAUCUCUGACCCUGUCGUCAGCGAGCUCCAGGACCUUGCCACUGGCGAGGUCACAUGAGGGGUCUCGGAUCUCUACGCACUCCUCCUUGCCUGCGGCCUCACAGGACUCUCUCCCCUCAGCAAAGUUCAACCCCGAGCUUCCCUCCAGUCGGUUCGGGGACCCCCCUCCUCCCACCUCACAGUCGGAGAAUGUGGACGCCGACGCGGCAUCCGCAGACGCCGGGCGAGACUGAACCCACCGGGGAAAGGACGCGCCCUUGCUGCGGGCAGGUAUUAAUAAACGUGUGACCACACCCCCGCA